UCACGGCACCAUACAAAACCGCGUAGAGAAAUCUUCCUUAUCGAUUGUCCCACCUCGUUAUCUUAGCUGUGCGAUCGCGACUUCAUGAUGCUUUUAUUCUGUCGUGGGCUUUAGUCGCUGUCGUACGCUCGCACUUGUCGUCGAGUCGGUUGGUUUUGCUUGAAGGGCGAUACGGGGUAGGGGGAAGCUCGCGCCUUUGUGAUGCUGUGGAUGAAGUGACGGAAAGACGAAGAGAGGCGCACAGGAAGAAGGAGCCGCCGACCGAAAAUUUUCACUCGUCAAGAAAAAAUGACUGAUAAUUUGAAAUCAGGUUUCAUACUGUUACUGUCGAUAUGGACGACGACUAUCUUAGCAAUAAAAUCCACACCAGACCUCAAUGGUAAACCAACUGGUUCAAAUGCUUGUAUCAGCAAGCAAACGUGCCAUGACUGUAUUCAAACACCAAGCUGUGCUUGGUGCUCGAUGCCUGGAUUCGAUGACAAACGAUGCUUCCUUCCACAUGUAAACACAAGAAUAUCCAUAGAAUGUCCAGAUAAUUAUACGUUUAAUCCAGAUAACGAAUACAUUAAAAUACGAUAUAAAGAAUUAGCAAAAGGAAAUUAUAAUGCAGUUAUUGGAUUGCAGGAAGAAGUUAUUAUUGAAUCAGAAGAGCAGCAAACGCAACAUGGAAUUGUAGAUAUUGAAUCAGAUAGCGUUACCCUGCUAUCGACAAGUAGUAAUAAUAGUAGUAAUAAUAGCAGUAGUAAUAGUAAUAGUAGUCGUAGUAGUAGUAGUAAUAAUAAGCAAGAUCCUGUACAACUUUAUCCGCAAGAAGUUAGUUUAAAGCUCAGAAUAAAUGAAGUACAAAAAAUUAAAAUUGAAUAUGCACAAGCAGAGGAUUAUCCUGUAGAUCUGUAUUAUCUUAUGGAUUUGAGCAAUUCCAUGAAAGACGAUAAGCAAAAGUUAUCGGAUUUGGGUCAGCUGCUCGUUGAAAGUAUGAGCAAUAUUACAAGCAAUUUCCGUUUAGGAUUUGGUAGUUUUGUCGACAAAGUCGUUAUGCCUUAUGUCAGUAUGGUGCCUAAAGCUUUGAAAGAACCUUGUGACAGUUGCGCUGCACCUUAUGGUUAUCGGAAUCAUAUGCCCUUGUCGCAGAAUACUCAUCGUUUUGCGACGGAAGUGCGGGAUGCCCCAGUUUCGGGAAAUUUGGAUGCUCCAGAGGGUGGUUUCGACGCCAUUAUGCAAGCAAUCGUAUGUAGAGAUGAGAUCGGUUGGCGAGAAAAGGCCAGGAAACUCCUACUCUUUUCCACGGAUGCGAGCUUCCAUUAUGCAGGCGAUGGAAAACUCGGCGGCAUUGUAAAACCCAAUGACGGUUGCUGCCACUUAGACAAGAGUGGCAUGUAUACCCACUCUACUCUUCAAGAUUAUCCCAGUAUUUCGCAAAUUAAUCUUAAGGUAAAAGAGAAUUCCGUUAAUGUCAUCUGGGCUAUAACGGAGGAGCAAAUGAAGAUUUAUUCGAAUCUAACGAAACUCAUCGAGGGAUCUUACGCAGCUAAGCUAAGUGACGACUCCAGCAAUAUUGUCGACUUGGUUCGCGAGCAGUACAAUGCAAUCUCAAGUUCCCUUGAGAUGAAGGAUACGGCAAGCAAUUACGUUAAUCUAAGAUAUUAUUCGAGUUGCCUCGGUGCUGGACCAUUAAUUGAAACCAGCAAAUGCGAUGGCCUUAAAGUAGGCAAUAAAGUUGAGUUUACGGUUGAGGUGGAGGUGCCGGCAUGUCCCGAGAACCGCUCAGAGUGGAACCAAAAGUUUCUUAUUUAUCCGGUCGGAAUAAACGAGUCGCUGACCGUUAAUCUGGAAAUGCUUUGCGAUUGCGAGUGCGAGAGCGCCGGCCCAAGCAAUACGGGAUUCGAAGAGAAAUCGGCGAAGUGCGACAUGCACGGCGACCUGAGCUGCGGUAUCUGCUCCUGCGACGACGGCUACUUUGGCAAGCACUGCGAGUGCAGCGCCAACGAUCGGGGCCAGACGAAUAUCAACGAAUACGCCUGCCGCAGAGACAACACCUCGACUUACGACUGUAGUGGUAGAGGCAAUUGCGAGUGCAACGUCUGUAAUUGUUACGGCAGAGAAGAUCCCAAUGAGUCUGUUUGGGGACAAUAUUGCGAGUGCGACAAUUUCUCCUGCGAUCGGCGAAAUAAGGAAUUGUGUUCGGGGAAGGACAACGGUAAAUGCGUGUGCGGUACUUGCGAAUGCAAGACCGGCUGGUCUGGCAAGGCCUGCGAGUGUAGCACCAAUAAGGACACGUGCAAUCUAUAUGGGCUCGAAUGCUCCGGUCACGGAGUAUGCGAGUGCGGCAAGUGCAAGUGCAACGUCGAGGGCGAGACGCGUUACUCCGGCCAGUAUUGUCACGUCUGUCGUACCUGUCCGAAUCGAUGCGAGGAACUGAAGCUCUGCGUGCUCUGCAGGGCCUUCGAGCUCGGCAACCUCACCGACAUCGAGUGCGACAAGAGCUGCGCGGACUUUGACUUUGAGUUUGUGGAGACACUCGAGGUAGACGUCGACAAGGACGAGAUCGGCUGCCACGGUUACGACGAGCAGGACUGCAAGUACUACUUUGCCUAUUAUCACAACGUCACCGGCAACUACCUUCAAGUGCGCGUGCAGAAGCAGCGCGAAUGCCCGCCCCAGGUGUACGUGCUGGGAAUCGUCCUCGGGGUCAUCGCUGCCGUUGUGCUUAUCGGCCUCGCGCUUCUCCUGCUCUGGAAAUUACUCACAACCAUACACGAUAGGCGAGAAUUCGCUAGGUUUGAGAAGGAAAGAAUGAUGGCUAAGUGGGAUGCUAGCGAAAAUCCAAUCUACAAACAAGCAACUUCGACUUUCAAGAAUCCAACGUAUACAGCGAGCAAUAUUAAAUGAAUGAACAAGAAACAAAGAUUUAAAAAUUUAUUGUUAAAAUUUUAUGAAAUUUUAAUACGAGUCCGAAACAAUGUAAUGGGGCAGCUAUUCAAAAGUUAACCGAGCUUCAAUUAUUUUUAUGAAUCUAUACGCACGCGCGCG